GCAAAGAUAUUCAACGUGUAAAAGAGAUCGACGACUCUGUGGCAACGCGUUGAAAACAAACCCUUAAAGAUUGAUUCUUUCAUUUAAAAAAAAGUAGUAUCCACUUUGUUUUUUUACAAUAGGACUAAGUAGAUGCAAUUAUGAAUAACAUCCAAAAGAAACGUAGUUUUUACUGCUUUAGUCUUGUCAUGGGCUGAAGACCGGAAGUCAGCCCGCGAGCGUCUCCUCGGUCAUAACAAUAUGCUUGUUAUCUUUGCGGCGUCUGCGACAUAAACAGCUUCAUAUUUUGUUGUGUUUCCGCAGCUGAGUGUUUACACUGUCUCCUCCGUGUAUGUUUGACUAAAGAUUCCAACGGACCCCGCGACUAAUUCGCUAACUCGACGGCUAGUUUAGUUGCUGCCAGUGAUCGUAAGUUGUUGUUGUUAUCCUGCUCGUAGUCGGGGAAUUUCCUGACUUCCGGUGUCGAGGAUGUUGCAUAACGAUGUGGCGUUAAGCUGUUGACUUCGCUCCGCGUCGUUUUCUUCUUCUUCUUCUUCUUCUUCUUUUGAAUAUAAAUACGCAUUUGUCGCCGACGGAGGUCGCAGCAGUUGCGCGCGGCAAUGGGGAUCAACCGGGUCUACAUUAGCAUCGGCUAUGCUACCUUCGGCGCCCUGGUCGGACUCUCGGCGUUCCUGGUGUGGAACGUCGCCUACAAGCAGCCGUGGACGGCGGCCAUGGGAGGCCUGUCGGGGGUGUUGGCGCUCUGGGCUCUCGUCACACACAUCAUGUACCUGCAGGACUACUGGCGCACUUGGCUCAAGGGGCUCAAGUUCUUCAUCGCUGUCGGAGUGCUCUUCUCAGUUCUGGCGGUGACCGCCCUCAUCACCUUCCUCACGCUCGCCAUCACACAGAAGCAAUCUCCCACCGACCCGCGGAGCCUCUACCUGUCGUCCGUGUGGAGCUUCCUGACUCUCAAGUGGUCCUUCCUCUUGGCCCUGUACUCGUACAGAUACCGCCAGGAGUUCGCGGAUAUCAGCAUCCUCAGCGAUUUCUAGUCGGGACUGAUUUUUAAUAGACUGCGAUUGAGGCUGCCGGCAGGCGCUGGUCAAAGAGCUUUUGUGACAAAGAGGAGAAACAAAGAGGAAUUAAAAAAAAAAAGAAGUCAUCUGACCUGUUCCACAUGGAGUUUCACUUGUUGCCCUUGCUUGUGUUGUAACCUGUUCUCCUACUUUUAACGGCCCACGUGUUGUAUCCCCGUUGUCGUCAUAAGUCUAAAACCCUUGCAAGACUGGAACUGCUUUUGAGUGAAUUCCCGGAAGCUGUUUAUGAAUAGACAUGCCGGGGGGAUUUUCAGUCAGAGUUUAUCUUUGGAUUGUUUAUAAUCUUCGAACAAUAUCAGUUUUUUCAAUUCAAGCUGUAAAAAAAAUCCUCAGAACCAAAACUAAAAACCUCUCUUACCUUAAAGAAAACACUGAUCAUACUAAGUUGACUGUAUAUGUUGGGCGGCUUGAUUGUUUUUACCCAGGUGUGCAUAGAGCUGCAGCUCUGAACCACAAAAUGUUCAUAAUGCCCAGACGGUCGCAAAGGUUUGUCUUUUAGCUCCAUUCAUUUUUUUUUUCUCGUGAAGCAAUUUGAGAAAGUGUUUUUUUUGUUUUAUUUAACCACUGAUUGGAGCAGUUGCACUCUCAUCUGCAGCUUUUUGAAGAGAUACUCGGUCAGUUUACGAAACGCAGAGGAGGAGGUGAACUAUAUUUCAUUCUCUGAUCUGAGGUGCAGUAAGUAAAUCAUGCCCAGAGAAAAGGCGUUCCUGUGGAAUUUGUGCUUUGCCUCUUUUGUUCCACCAGGGGGAGACCUGCUUUUUUUUUUCUUCUGUCUCUAGAGUUCACAGACAUUCCUCUUUUAGAGAGAGAGGGGGGGGGAUAGAUUUGAUAAAUAAUUGCACUUUAGUCUUUGAUAUUGAUGCCACUGUUUUGCACACAAAUCCUGACACAAUGGACAAACAUGUUUUAAAUGCUAUCAGUCAUGUUUCACCCUUUUAAAUAAUGAAAUACACUAUUUAUACAGUAUACAUGUCAUAUAUUUUACAUUAAUGAUUUGUGUAAGUGUAGUAAAACUAGGCUUUGCGAGUACUUACGUCUACCUUCUACCAUAAGUCAUGUAAAAAUUGUUUUUUUUUGUUGAUGAGAAAUUGAAUGUCAGAAUGUUACAUGUAUAUAGAAAACCGAACCCAUUAAAGAUGCAUUUAUUGGUAAUUACA